UUAAAGUUAAUUCUCUUUGAUGUUUUUUUUUUUUUGUUGUUGAUUGUUUGUUUGUUUUGUUUUUUCAUGAAGUACAGCAUUCCAUCAUUUGAGUCUGAUUUUUUUUCCAUCUGGUAUUGUUUCAGCUCCUUUACUCACGGUCACGUCCACAACAUCUACCAGUCCCACUACUACAGAUCAUUUACAACCAUUCAUGUCCACAACAUACACUAGUUCUUCUUCAACAGUCUCUUUACAGCCAGUCACUUCCACAACAUUUACUGGUUCUACUUCUACAGCUCAUCUACACACGGUCACUUCUACAACAUCUACCAGUCCCACUACUACAGUUCAUUUACAACCAGUCUCUUCCACAACAUCUACUACUUCCACUUCAGCAGCUCCUUUACUCACGGUCACUUCCACAACAUCUACCAGUCCCACUACUACAGAUAAUUUACCACCAUUCACGUCAGCAACAUACACUAGUUAUACUUCAACCGUCUCUUUACAGCCAGUCACUUCCACAACAUUUAGUAGUUCUACUUCUACAGCUCCUUUACACACAGUCACUUCCACAACAUCUACCAGUCCCACUACUACAGUUCAUUUACAACCAGCCACUUCCACAACAUCUACUACUUCUACUUCAGCAGCUCCUUUACUCACGGUCACUUCCACAACAUCUACCAGUCCCACUACUACAGUUCAUUUACAACCAGCCACUUCCACAACAUCUACUACUUCUACUUCAGCAGUCUCUUUACAGCCAGUCACUUCCACAACAUUUAGUAGUUCUACUUCUACAGCUCCUUUACUCACGGUCACUUCCACAACAUCUACCAGUCCCACUACUACAGUUCAUUUACAACCAGCCACUUCCACAACAUCUACUACUUCUACUUCAGCAGUCUCUUUACAGCCAGUCACUUCCACAACAUUUAGUAGUUCUACUUCUACAGCUCUUUUACACACAGUCACUUCCACAACAUCUACCAGUCCCACUAUUACAGUUCCUUUACCGCAAAUCACGUCCACAGCAUUUACAGGUCAUACUUCUACAGGUCUGAUCAACAUGCCGCUAGAAGAAUGCAGGACCACAGGGCGGUGUAAAGAUCUUCUUGACAAUAUAGAGAACAUGACGGCAGAAGUGCUUCCAUUGACAAAUGUGACCAGCAUUUUGAAUGUGGUCCUCAAAACUUCAGGCAUGAUUUCGGAGUCAUCAUCAGCUGACAAACUGAUUUCAGAUGGAAACCGUUUUUUAAAAGCCAGUGAGAAACUUGUGUCCAUGCUCGUAAAACCAACAAACACAAGUGACUAUGUCAAUUUUACUCUUGAUACUUUGGAGGUAGAAAUCUUCAUGGUUGGACAACAGGUAACCCUAGAGAAAAUCCCUAGACUUAACACAACAAAUUCUUCUGUGGACAUCGAUCUCAUUGGUAUUGCCAAGAACAACAUUGAAACAAGAUCAGCUGCUGUUGCUUUCAUGAGCUACGUCACGAUGGAGAAUCUACUGAAGCCAGACUUCUUCAACACACCAGAAGACAUGUUUAAAACCAUGAUGUCCACUGUGAUCUCAGUUACUCUUCCCAAAACCAACUACACUAAACUCACCAAACCAGUCAACUUCACCUUCAGACACAUCAGAGAAUUUGAUCCCAGUGGUUCUCUGUCCUGUGUGUACUGGAAUAUCAGCGAGUGGAUUGUAGAUGGUUGUUCUGUUUUAGAGACCAACAGCAGCUACACUGUGUGUUCCUGUGAUCAUCUGUCCACAUUCGCUAUCAUCAUGCAAACCAGCCGCGCACCAGAGAGUGACCCACUGCUGGAGCUGUUGAAUUUGGUGUGUGUGAUCGUGGGGCUGGUGUUCUUCACUUUAGCCCUGUUGACCUUUGCCCUUUGUCAGUGGAGCCCUGGAGUGAAUAACGUGGCUCGAAUCAACAUCUGCAUCAGUCUUCUGCUGGCUCACCUUCUGUUCCUGCUCACACAGCAGUUCUUGAAUCUCAUACAGCGUCAGAAGGUGUUGUGUGCCGUGAUCUCAGGCCUUCUGCACUUCCUCUUUCUCUCCGGCUUUGUGUGGAUGUUCAUUGAAGCUGUGCUGCUCUUCAUCUGUGUGAAGAACCUAUCACAGAUCAGCUCCAUUAAUAGAAAGGUUCUUAGCAGUAGAUUCCUGUGUGUGCUUGGAUAUUUGGUUGCUCUGGCUGUGGUGGCUGUGUCUGUUGUGGUGGAUCCAAAUGGAUAUGGAAGUGAAAAGUGCUGGAUGAAAAUAGAUAAAGGCUUCAUUUCAAGAUUUCUGGGACCUGUUUGCAUGAUACUAAUGUCAAACAUGAUUCUCUUCAUCAAAAUCAUCAUCAGUUUAAACUCAACUCUAAAAAAUCUCAAUGCCGAAGUCUCACAGAUGAAACAAACCAAGGUUAUGGUGUUUAAAACACUGGGGCAGUUUGUGGUUCUUGGUUGCUCCUGGAUUCUGGGUUUCUUCACUAAUUGCAAUAAGGUGUUGGAGAUCCUCUUCCUAAUCUUGAACUCCCAGCAGGGAACCUUCAUCUUCCUGAUCUACUGUGUCCUCAAUAAUAAAGUCAGGCAGCAGUACAGGAAGUUCUUCAGAUAUCUUUGCAGUAUCAAACAACAGGACUACAGCAUUAUGUUCAAGAAGUAAAAAAGUACUGCAAAAGUGUCAAUAAUAUACAGAAAUACAAAGCAUAAUUAAUGUUUUUGAAUGUUAGUCUCACUUCUUUUUUGUUAAUGCUAUAUUAAAUAAAUAUAUUACUAGUGUACUUAGUAGAGCUGACUAAUAAUGGCAAAAAAAGAGGGCAACCUUUUCACCUUGAAAAAUCUUACUAAAUAAAUUUAGUUUUCUUAACAUAAAAGCUUUGUUUACUGUAUAUAAACCUAAUAUUAAUUAUUGAAUAAAUGCUUUAAAUAAAAUACCAAUGCUCAUAUGACUUUAAAUACAGAACUGUGUUAAAAGCCUUUUUGUAUAUUAAAAGGGACUUUGAAAAUAUGUUUUCCAGCUGAACAAUUUAUUAAACAUGCUGUACUUGUACCUUGUUUUCAUGAAAAAAUAAAUAUGGCACUACCUUGACUAAGGUUUAUUUCAUAUUACUUUGUAUUAUGUUAAUUAUCUUGUAUUCAUUAUAAUUUAUUUCAGAUAUCUUGGUCUUUAUAACCGUAACAUUGUAGUCAACCAAAGCUGGUAAUUUAUUGGUGUGGUGCUGUGAAUGAGCAGAUCUGCAGAUUAGAAUAUAAUCUUUGGGCAAAAAAAAAAAUAAACAAAAAAACAUGUUUCUGGUGAUUCUAGUAAUAUUGUCUAAAUUUCUGAAGGAUACUGCAUGCGUGCUAGUAAUGUCCAUGUGUACCAUAUAAUUAAAUGUUGAAAAGUUUGCCUCCUCUACACCAUG